CGAGGAGGUGGUCGAGGAAGAGGCAAAGGAAGAUCCUCCCAGAAUCAACAAUACCAACAUGCCGCUCCAGUCUUGACCAAUCCACUGUUACAAAAGCAAAAACAACAACCAACAGUACCAAAUGACGGUUUGCCACAACUCCACUCCAAUUGCGUCGAUACGGUCGUCACCAAUCCACCCUUUGGUACUAAACACAAUGCCGGCAUGGACCUACAAUUCUUGCAAACGGCCAUUCGAUUGGCACGACGAGCCGUCUACUCCUUUCACAAGACAUCCACACGACCCUUUCUCGUCAAAACAUGUCAAAGCUGGGGAUUACAAGUACAAGUCGUGGCUGAAAUGAAAUUUGAUAUUCCACAAAUGUACAAAUUUCACAAACAAAAAUCCAUGGAUGUACAAGUGGAUCUACUGCGGAUAGAAAUAAUAGGAUCCAAUGAAAAUGACACGGAGGAAGAAGAGGAAGAAAGGGCGGAGGAACAAGAAGAUAGUGAAGAGGAAGCAGAGGACGAGGAGGAACAAGAUGAAGGAUACUGA